AUGCAAACUACAACAAUUUGUAAAGUAAAAGCAACACCGUCAAUAUGUUAUAUAUUUAAUAGUUUUCGUCCCAAAAGUACUAUAUCAGAACAGCAGAAAGCAUGCAAUCAAGAAAAAUCGCCAAUUAUAUCAGCAUUUCUCAUGAUCCCAUUUGAAGAAAAAAUACAUCACAGAACAAAAGUAUCAAAUAAUUGUAAUAUAAAAAGUAAAAAAAUUUCGAAGCCUACAAAUGGGUUAAAAUUUCCUGAAAUGCGAAAUGGUAUUUUAUUUACAAGAUGUCAUUGUGUACAUAGAGAUGGUCUUCAAGAUUCUUGUCCAUUAAGUCAAUGUCAACAGGAAUCUGAUUGUUUGGUCAAGCCAUGGCCUAAAUGUCCACCAGCAAAAUAUUUGCAAUCUCGACAUCCAGAACAGUAUCCACCGUUCAAAUAAUGCGAGAUACCAGAUAUAACAGCGUAUAUAUGCAGUAUCGAUUACGAACAAAUAUCGAUUUAGAAAAACAAAAUUUAAUUUUAAAUAAUUUAUGGCAGAACAUUUGAAAGAUACAAUUAUUUUUUAAUUAA